AUGACUGCAGCAGAAAUUCCUAUUGUAGAAGACGGAGAAUUUCGCGUAGGUAUGGAGUUCAGUUCAAGAGAAGCUGUUAUUAAGGUGUAUGGGUCAGGAUGUGAUUGGCUUAUUAGGGUAAGCUUGAUCAGCAAGAAGUAUUGUUGGGUUAUAAGGAGGUAUAAUGGUAGUCACACAUGUACAAGAGCCACCAUUUCACAGGAUCAUUCGAAGCUGGAUUCUAUCACAAUUGCAGAAGUAAUAAAGCCACUGGUUGAGGCUGACCCAUCCUUAAAGGUGGAUGGGACUCACUUGUACGGAAAGUAUAAGGGUUGUCGGCUUGUGGCAGUUUCACAGGAUGGCAACAAUAAUAUAGUCCCGAUUGCCUUUGCUAUUGUUGAGGGAGAGACUUCUGAUGCAUGGCAUUUUUUCCUAAGUAACCUCCGUCAACAUGUUGUUACUCGGGAUGGUGUGGGUCUAAUAUCUGACAGGCACGAGUCCAUCAAUGCAGCUGUGGAACGUAGUAACGGAGCUUUUCAUAUGUUUUGCAUCAGGCAUAUAGAGUCGAAUUUUCUGAGAAAGUUCAAGGCACCGUACCUCCAAAAAUUGGUCGUUAACAUCGGAUAUUCGAGGACGGUGGGGGAGUACAAAGUGCGUUACCAGUGGUUACGGGACCGGGGCGAGGCGUACACAAACUGGUUAAAUCGAAUUCCUCGCGAACAGUACGCAUUAGCCUUUGAUGGCGAGUACCGAUGGGGUCACAUGACGACGAAUCUAGUGGAGUGCAUCAACUCAGUUUUGAAGGGUGCACGCAAUCUUUCCAUUACUGCUCUUGUGAAGGCAACAUUCUACAGGCUAAAUGAGUUGUUCACCUGUAAAAGAGCGGAGGCGGAAGCCCGGAUCAAUGCUGGCCAUGUGUUUUCUGAUAUAGUGACCUCGAAGUUGCAUGCAAACCAACUUGCAUCAGGAAACAUCCAGGUUAGUUGCUUUGACCGCCAGAAUCAGGUCUUUGAGGUUCGUGAGAUGCCAAGCGGACUAGAGUUUGCAGUCGAUCUAUGUAGCCUUCGAUGUGACUGUGGUGAGUUCCAGGUGGACCGGAUCCCCUGCAGACAUGUCUUCGCAUGUUGUGCCAACCAGCGACUGGAUUGGCGACUGUAUGUUCAUGAUGUGUAUAAGAUGGAACAAGUGCGGUGGGUGUACCGAGCAAGGAUUAGGCCACCAGGUAAUCUCACUACAUGGCUUGCUUACAACGGACCUCGGUUCAUACCGAAUCCAUACCUAAGACGGGUAACGAAAGGUCACCCCAGGAUGACGCGCUUUCCGAAUGAGAUGGACACACAGAUGUUACAUCGUCCUAGGCGAUGUACGCUAUGUGGUGCUGAGGGACAUAGUCAUAGCAGAUGCCGUCGGUCAGCUGGUUCAAAUACCAACAGAGAUGCCCCCUAA